AUGCACAUUCCCAAAAUCACGCCCGAGUCGCCCGACGGCGACCUUCACUACAAGCCGCCCGCAGCCUUCCCCAUUGGCCCGCAUUUCAAGAAGUACUCGCACAACCCGAUCAUGGUGCCGGACCCAACACACGAGUUUGAAGAGGCCUAUCUCUAUAAUCCCACUGCCAUUGUGGUGGAUGACAAGGUGUUUUUGUUGUACCGCGCACAGGACCGCCACAAGACGCUGAGUGUGGGCAUUGCGUGGCUGGAAGACGGCUUCAACUUCACGCGCCAUCCGCGCUCAGUGCUCUGGCCCACGGAGCCAUGGGAACGGGGCGGCGGCUGCGAAGACCCACGGGUGGUGCGCGACAGCACCACGAAAAAGUUCAUCAUGACCUAUACCGCGUACGACCGCGGCACGGCGCGGCUCUGCGUGGCCGAGUCCUUGGACUUGUUCCACUGGAAAAAACACCCACCGUUUGUGCCGUCAGGGUUCGAGGAGAUUUGCACGGGCGCGGACGGGAAGCAGUACAUUCGGCACGGGUGGCUGAAAUCGGGCGCAGUGUUUGCCGAGCGCCACAAGGACGGCCUCUACUACAUGAUUUGGGGCGAGUCUGGCAUGUACUUGGCCUCGAGCAAAGAUUUGGUGGAGUGGCGCACUUUGGGCGGCGGCCGGGACGCUCUUUUCACAGAGGGCCACCAUGUAUGGCAGAACCGCCUCAUCGAGCCGGGGCCUCCGCCUAUCCGGUUGGCGGGGAAACGCAAUCUCUAUGUGUUUUUUUACAACUCGUGCACUCGCGGCGGCGGUCAGUAUGAGAAAGGCACCUACUCCGUGUCGCAGAUGCUUAUUGACUACGACGAUGUGCGGGCCGGGCCCAUUGCGCGAAUGGAGCGGCCGUUUUUGGUGCCUGAGGCGCGCAACGAGGUGCUGGGCCAAGUAAAUCGCGUGGUAUUUUGCGCGGGCGUGGUCCAGUUCCACGGCCAGUGGUUUUUGUACUACGGCCAGGGCGACCUGGAACUCGGGGUCGCCACCGCACCCCUUUAG